GUAUUUUUACAGUGAGAGACAGAAAGGGAAAGGCUAAUGCUUGAAACACUGGCGAGCAGAUACUCAGCAUCUCCUCCAGACAAUGGACAAGGCUGGCUAGCUCAAGUUCAUUAUAAACUACGCUUAGAAAGCGCGCCUGAGCUCUGUCUGUGGACUUGGAGCCGCCUUCGCAGUCAAAGAGUCUAAGAUGCCCUAGGCGGUGAGGAAGGAAAUGUAAAUGGCUUCCAAAGUAAAAGAUGCUGUGGUGUGGUACCAGAAAAAGAUUGGCGCCUAUGACCAACAGAUAUGGGAGAAAUCAGUGGAGCAGAGAGAAAUAAAGUUUAUUUCUCUGGGCUUGAGGAACAAGCCAAAGAAGACGGGACACGUUAAACCAGAUCUCAUCGAUGUGGACUUGGUUAGAGGGUCUGCGUUUGCCAAGGCCAAACCUGAGAGUCCAUGGACGUCACUGACCCGGAAGGGCAUCGUUCGAGUCGUCUUCUUCCCGUUUUUUUACAGAUGGUGGAUCCAGGUCACCUCCAGGGCCAUUUUCCUCUUACUGCUGGCACUCUAUCUGCUGCAAGUCGCUGCAGCAUUCCUGUAUGUGACCAUCCCGCAGCCUCAUGGGAUACCGGCCACCGAGGUGUUUGAAGCCAUCUUGCUCAUGUUGCUGCUGGGCACCGUCCACUGUCAGAUUGUCUCCACCAGGACCCCGAAACCUGCCUCCAGCAGUGGGGGGAAGAGACGCAGGAAGUUGAGGAAGGCAUCUCAGAUGGAGGUGCAUAGGGAAGGCGACGGGUCUAGCACUACCGAUAACACACAGGAGGGGGCGCCACACUCCCACUCAGCCAGCACCACAUACAGCCUGGGCGCUUUCUUCCAAGAUUUCUGGCAUGAUAUCUGUAAAGCUGGGUCCAAGAAGUCCAAGCUUUCCAUCGAUAAAUCCACAGAAACGGACAACGGCUACGUGUCGCUGGAUGGCCGCGUGACCAAUCGCAGUAGCGAGGAGGGGCUCCAGCUCCACGAGCAGCGAUGCGAUUUGUUAAAUAGGGCUGACGAGGUGUGCUGGAACCCGCACACGCAGCCUGCACACGGUCACGCUGCCCGCAACAAUGGACUGCUGCUGGCCGGUGGUAAUAAGGAGCCGGCGUCAGAUGAGGCUUCCAGUGAGGAGGACCCUGAAGCGUCCUACAGCGCCCUCCGCAGGGGAGUGGAAAGAAUGAACAGUGACUGUGCACUCCGAAAUCGCAAGAAUACGCACCACUAUAAGAAACACUACACUGUGGAGGAUGUCCCCAAGUCUGGUACCAGCUGCAGCUCCAGAUGUUCAAGUCUGAGGACUCAGGAUUCAGAGAGUACUCGACACGAGUCUGAGACCGAGGACCUGAUGUGGGAGGACUUCCUGCACUGCACUGAGUGCCGAUCGUCCUGCACGUCAGAGACAGAGGGAGAAGGAGGAGGAACGCCUGUGUGUCCGGCCAAGAAGGAAUACAGAGACGACCCUUUCCAUCAGGGUCACCUUCCCUGGCUGCACAGCUCCAACCCAGGCCUGGAAAGGGUGAGCGCCAUCGUGUGGGAGGGAAACGAGUGCAAGAAAGCAGACAUGUCUGUCCUGGAGAUCAGCGGCAUGAUUAUGAACAGAGUGAAUCUUUACACUCCUGGAAUCGGUUACCAGGUCUUUGGGAACCUAGUUUCAGUAGCACUUGGGCUCACACCCUUUGCUUACAGACUGGCUCAGUACCGUGACUUGGAUCAGUUGACCACUCUCUCAGCCAAUGAGCUUCUGUCUGUGGCGCUGGGGUGUGGGUCUGGUUCAGAUGUCCUGGUAAUCACCAUGGUAACGCUCAGCUUCCUGGUGCGCGUUUGCCUUAUCUGGCUCUUCUUCUUCCUGCUCAGCGUAGCAGAGAGGACAUACAAACAGAGACUUCUGUUUGCCAAACUUUUUGGUCACCUGACUUCGGCCCGCAGAGCGAGGAAGUCUGAGGUCCCACAUUUUAGGCUGAAGAAAGUUCAGAACAUCAAGAUGUGGCUGUCGCUACGCUCCUACCUCAAGAGACGGGGUCCUCAGCGUUCGGUGGAUGUCAUUGUAUCGUCUGCUUUCCUGCUCACGUUGUCAGUCGUCUUCAUCUGCUGUGCUCAGCUGUGGAAGAUCAAAUCAUGA